CGCGCGGUGUGGAACUUGGUUCGCAUUUGUUGCGAAAGGCUCUUCCUUGCUUGCUUUCUGGCCGGCCGAACCGUGUGAGCCACACGAACAGCAGAACAGCCGAGAACGCGGUUGGUUUCAGUUUACGUCAGCGCUUCGUUCGUGGAAGAUGAACUUGUUCGGUUGGUCCUCGCGCGCGAUGUGGGCUUGAAAUUCGGACCAGAGAGUGAAGUGUGAAGACUCUGCUUUUUUGUGCAGACGAACGGACGGUUGGUUGGAAAAGGUGUUCUUUUGGUUGUGGUCGUUCAGCUGGUUGCCUGGCUAGGUUGUUGAAGAGGCUUCGCAGCAUCCAAGUGGAUUUGUAGGUUUUUUGUUUGUAUAUUCUCACUGCUCCCGCCGUGUCGUUGCGGUCCAGCUUCGGUCGACUGUUGUUAGUUUACUGGUGAAGCCUGCAGAAGAAUAGCUGCGUAGUAUUGGUGUGACGGCGUUGCUUGCUAAAGAGGAAAAAAUGCACGAAUUCUUGUUUUGAUAGUUCCAAAUAGACUUGGGAGUGAGUAGAAAGCUGCUGAAUUUACAGUUAUCGAGUAGACCUGUACUGCGGUUGGUAGUGAAUUGGAUUGCACGGAUUCGGUGAACUUUUGGCGCGACCUGUUCUCGUAGAUUGGGAAGAAAAAGAUUUAUUCCCCUUUUUGUUGUGGUUGUGAUAGUUGGAAGUGAUGUUGACCCAAUCCAAGAGCAAUCGAAUACGACGCGGUUUGCCAUCCCCUGACAACACGGACAACAGCCUACAAACCAGUUUCGCGGUUCCUUUGUUAUUGUUUUGACUAGUUGCACGGUAAUUGCACACGCAGGCUGCGUCAAAGUUUGAAUUUAAUCGAAAAAGUCGACAGUUCUGAUAUCUCGAGUGGAGAGGUGAAAUGUGAAAGGCGAAAUGUCGAGUGUGUCGUAGUAGAAGUGAAAAGAAGAUCUGUAUUUUGUUCCUUUCGUUCCUUCAAUCCGGUCGUGAGGGGCUGUGGCUUUUAUUUAUUUUGUGUUAUUGCUUGAUUUGGUUCAUAAGUUUUCCCCCGUUGUUUUUUUUUGUCCCCAUCUCGGGCGUUGUUUUGGGGCCUCACUAAACCGCCUCGAAAGUGAGAGAAGUUCGGGUUGCACUAAUAAGAAAAUAAGAAAGAAAAAAAAGAGGUAAAUUAAAGUGAUUCCGAUUACGGUUCGUCCUGCCGUCAGGUCUGUCUGUUUGGCGCAGGGAACGUAAUUCGUCUUUCCCACGGCAGAAAAGGAAAAAAAAGCAUGCAGGCGAAAAGUGAGCGAAUGAUGUUUUAAAGCGAUUAAGGAUUACCACGAAACCGGUGUGGCAGGAUCACGUAUAGAAGGCGCAACAAAUCUCGCAUGCAGAAGAGAAGAGAAGAAGAAGUAAAAGAAGAAGGUGUACGUGAAAGUGAAUCGAUAUUUUGUGUUUGUUUAGCAAACCUGCCAGUCUGCGGGGAAGAAAGAAAAGAUUUUACCUUCGUGCUUGCGGAAGGAAACUCGAGAAAGGACAAUCCGGCUGAGUGACAAAGCUGCCUAGGUGGAAGCAAGGAGCCCCCGCCACCGUCUAAUCAAUAAAUUGCAGUGCCAUUAACUGCCCUACUAGGCUAAAACCGAAACGAAAGAGUCCGGUUUUACGACUCUCCGGUGGAUUGUGGUAAACAAAGCAGCAUAAAAAAAUUUACAACAAGAAACAAAAACGGCAAUUUUGAUGUGAAAUGUAAACAGGAGGAAAAGGGCCCUUCCGAACGGAACCGCAAAGUGCAGUGGAAAUAGCGUCCGAAACCGACCGAAACCAGGGGACAGGGCCGCAUGAGCUCUCCGGAAAAGUAGUUUUAAUGACAGGUCGCCGGCACAUGAAUUGGCUAUAAUGUAGCGCCCCGCGAUGAGAGGAAACCGACGAAGGACAGUUUUGAUCAUUAAACGUUAACUUCUUGCACGCGAAGCACGAAAGACACACGAGCAGCAAAACAGGGGAUGGCGGUUAGCAAUAUCGUUUGCGAGUGGCUGCGUGCACUCGGACUCGGCCAGUAUGCCGAGAGCUUCCUGGACAACGGCUAUGACGAUCUGGAGAUUUGCAAGCAGGUUGGCGAUCCAGAUCUGGACGCAAUCGGAGUGCAAAACCCGCAGCACCGCAGCAAACUGCUGAAAAGCGUGCGGUUACUGCGGGAAAAGGGCGCCGCCAGUGUAUACUUUCAGCUGAAUGAUCCCAAGUCACUGCUGUCGGAUAACAGUGACAGCUUGGAGCGGGACAGUUCGCCGCUGAUGCUGAGCGAGCUGGAGGCACUGCUGGCGGAGCAACUGAAGGCGGACGGCGUUUGCUUGACGGCGCAUCCUUACUCGACACCGGACGGUGGUCGAGGGCACCUGGAAGGACUGGCCUCGGUCUACUGCGAGAUGCUGAUGGCGCCGUUCGGUGAGGUGCUGGCAGCUCUGGAAGACGCACGGCUGCGGGUGUGGUCCGAGCGGAGUCCGCACAGUUCUUCCGGCGGUAGUGGGGCGCAUCGGGCUGGCCACCGGGGGAACUCUUGUCACGGAGGACUGCCCAACAGUCACAGCCAGCCGAUUUACGUCCCGGGAAAGUACUCGCCAUCCAGCUGUCUGUCCGAUAAGGAGGAGGACGAAAUUUAUGGCUUCGGUUACGGUGUGUUUGCCCCGAGGGUCGCCAGAACGACGCUGCAGCAGCACCAGCAACAACAGCAACAGUCCCAGCAAAACCAACAGCAACAAUCACAAACCUCCACCAAUGUACCUGCGAACAGUGCUGCCGUACAGCAAAGCUGUCUCAGUCCACGUUCGGCAUACUUUUACGAAUUUCCACCCACAGACGGUCGAGAGACGAGCAAAAAGCGUACGACGCUGGCGCGACUUUUGAGAGGAUUAAAGACUGUUAAUAGACGUGAUAGAUCAAACCCAAAUAACGGCACCGGCACAAGUGCGCCAAGCAGCGUCGGCAGUGCGACACAGGCAAGGCCGCAGAACGAAAGACUGAGACAUUUUCAAAUGAACGGCGGUGGACCGCAGCCAAGUUUCGAGGAAACCAUCCAGAGGCUAAAAAUUCAAGAAGCACUUAGGAAAAAGGAAAAGUUUCAACGGGAACAUGAAGAGAUUCUUCGGGACAUUCGACAAGGACUGCUGCAGCUGAACCGAGAUUCACGAGACGACACCUAUAUGUAUGACGACGCAGUUACCAGCGUGAUGCGUAUGCCCCACCAGGGGCACUGGUAUGACGAACCCCCCUACGAAAGUGAUCCCGACGAUUUCCUAAUGUCAGGCAUUCGUCAAGCAGGAGGACCGUCCGCAACGAUACAGGAUGGCCGCGUUUGCUAUACCUCGAACGGUCGCGAAGGUCAAGGUGUGAUAUCGCUUCGCUCUGCCGGUGACAUCUCGAUACCCCAGCGAGGCCCGAUCCGGCGAGGACUGAUAGUGCCGCAGAAGCCCCCGAACCCACCGACCAUCAUUCCGCUGAAGCACGCCAGAUCUCACGAUCGGGAAAGUGGAGACUACGCCGGAUCAAUAUCCGAUCUGCACAGUGUUACCUCUCGUCUCAGCCAGGUUUCGAUUGGCACAAAUAAUUGCACUGCCCGUUAUCGCACCCUGAGCGGUGGCCUGGGCGACGAAUCUCCAUCGCCCUCGCCGACGCCGUCCUCGGAGUACGACGACAUUCUGCUGCAGAAGCAGCUGCAGCUUAAAGUGGACCAAGUGCAAAACGGCGGCGGCGGCGGUGGAAGCUCCGUGGGCAGUGGUCACAGUGGGACCGGUGGUUUGCCCUUGUCCGGCGGGAGUAAUGGCUCCGGGGGUGGAAACAGCGGCAGUGGAGGAGGAGGAGGAGGAUUGGGAGUCGGUGGUGGCAGCGGUAGUACAAAGAAUGGAGUCAAUAAUCUCAAGAACCUGAAGGCGGCCAAGAACCGGAACAAUCUAUCAUCGUCGCUCGCGCUGACGGUUUCGCACAAUAAAAACCUAACGAUAAGUCAACAGAUAGCUUUAGUACAUCAUUCCAAUGACACUAGGACAUCGCCAAAGGACCAUCUGCUGAAUUCCGGCAGCCGGAAUAAUAGAGAUUAUAGCAACUGUUUCGAUAGCAUCAGUGACCAGACGACGUUCCAGCAUUCGGCCAGUUCGGUGGAAAGUUUGCCCAGUGCGUCCGGAUCAAGCACUCAAGCACUGGUACGACCUGGAAGUCCCCAUAGUUCCCUGUCGGCGGAGGACCGCACAACCGUAAUUCCCAUCUGCCGGGCGCUCGCACUAAUCGAUAGCAACCCAAAUCCGUACGAUAAGGAAGCCCUCAGGUUUAAGAAAGGUGAUAUCAUAGACGUGCUUUCGAUGAACGCAUCUGGCGUGUGGCGAGGUUACGCGAAUGGUCGUCUUGGCCACUUUAAGUUCAUCAGUGUCGAAGUACUGCCGGACCAUCCUGUCAAGCCGUACAAUUCCGGCAAACUGCUCAGUCGAAACCGGUUACCAACGAGCUGUCCGACCAGCGUGGAAGAACUGCUGCUACGGAUAGGACUAAAAGAGUACACCUCGGUGUUCGUACUGAAUGGGUAUGAAGAUUUGGAGUUGUUCAAGGAACUCGAACCGUCCGAUCUGGAUUAUUUGGGCAUAGGCAAUACAGAACAUCGAGCUAAACUGCUCGCCGCUGUGCAACUUUUGCAUGAUUUAGACUCGACCUCGGAGGGUGAAGUGGCCGGUUCCAGCUCGGAGAACGACGAAGGCCUCCGGUUGAACCACGGCGGUAAAGGCACGGCGGGGCAGCAUCACCACCAUCACCACCACCAGACGUCCCCUUUUGGACGGCGGCACUUCCCUCGCGAUUCGGGCUGUUACGAGGGUUCUCCAGUGCCGCAGUCGACGCAGAACAGCAGCACCGCAGGCCAACCGAAUCACCUGCUGCUCCAGCAUCACCAGCAGCAACAGCAACAGCAGCAGCAGCUACAACAGCAACAGCAGCAACAACACCUUCAGAUUCAGCACCAUGGCAGCAGUUUGUCCGAUACGGAUACGAACAAUCUGGAUUCGGUGGUGGCGCAAUGUUCGAAUGAAAUUCUAAAGCGAGUGGAGGGAUCCCGACGGUUCAAGGACGACUCGAAGUUCGUUCUCGGUGGUAGCGGCGUCAAAACGAUGAACCGCGCUACCAAGAAGGGUGGUCUGCUGGGGGGUGGCGGUAACGGCACCGGUGGAGGAGACGAUAUGACGAUACGAAGCAGUGGUGGAAGCGGCGGAGGAGGGGGAGCGUUGAGCGAAAAGUCCAGCGAUUCGGGUGUUAGCAGCAGCAGUCUGUCGUCCGGACCGAUCAAGAAUAAUCUUUAGCGGCAGUUUCUGCUGGUCACUGGCGAGCGAUAAAUGUCGAGCAGGAAGAGGUGGGCGGAGGAGGGGGUGACCGAUAGCCAGACGUUAUAUGUUAUGGGUGAGUAGUGAAAAUUUCAUCACAAACAGCGUAACUGCCAAACAAAACCAAAAGACGAAUCGACGUAGAGAGUUGUUGUUGAUAAAUGUAGUACUUUUAAGAUGUGUUUUUUAAGGGGAGAAACUGACGUAAAUCGGCUUCAUUUUUACUACCUAAGGGAGAAAAUGGCCACAGUUCGAAUGUCCCUAAAAGGGCGCAGUCGAGAUUGUUAUUAAAUUAAAUUUUCUGUUGCUCUUCUUUGGUGCAGCGAACGUUUUGGCUUAAUGGUUUCAUUUGCUUCCAAAUUUAGACUUGCCUAAGCAAAACACAAUGAAUCGAUAGCAACGUAAAACAACAAUUUGUGAUAUGAUUUUUUGUUCAUAGAAAACUUCGUUUUCUCUUUGUUAACCUGAUACCGUGUGUAAAUUUGUGUAAAGAUUCUCUGUUGUGUAAAGUAAUCUGGGUGUCGAUAGGCCCGUCAGGUACAAAUCAUUACGAUAGUUUGCGGGAGAUUUUGUGUACAAAUAGAAGCAAGUCCGUUCUGUCCGCUGUGGUUUACAAAACCCGAUGCACUUUCGUUCAUGCAAUGUUGAACUUUUUGUUUCGUUCCCUUCUGCAGAUGAGCAGAAAAUUUAAGUUUCUGCUAGUUUCAUGGAAAGAAGUAAUAAGCAAUAACAGAAUUUAGAAAAAUAUGCUGAAAAAAAACGAUUGCGUUUUUUUUUUGUAAAUAGAAACCAAAUCAAUAGUCAUUUUAAAUCGGCCAAAUCAAGCACGGCUUCAAUAUGAAAAUCGAAAUCUAGUAGAACAAUUGUGUAAAUAUUCAAAUCUAUACGAAUAGUAAGAAAUAUUUAGCGCUAUUUGAAGUUAGUAACUCUCAGCUCCUUUCGAACGUAAAUGAAGUGAAAAUAAAAAUUAAACUUCUUCCAGGAUAAAUUCGCAUCCCAAAAUAAUCGUUUAAUGCAAUUGGAAACACAAAUAUCAGCUCCGUUUAGUGAAGCUCUCUAAUAGUGAAAUGUUCUUUUUUUCCGGUAGCAUCUAUAGAAAUCUUGGUGUGAUAACGAAAACGAGAAAAUCAAUAAUCCGCUAGAUACUGUAAGCUAAACAAUCGCAAAACUCGACGAGAAAGAGAGACAGAGAAAAACAGAGUGAGAGGGAGACAGGGUUUCAGCAGUAAUUGAAUUAUGACUUUUAAACAAAAUACAAAUGAACAUUGAUUACAAUUUUGGACUUAUGCUGUCACCCGACUCAUCUCGAAGCGCAUGGUUGAUUCGUGUAGAUGACGUGUUAGAUGAGUAAAAAAUAGCAUCUAAUCUGGUUGAUUUUUGUUGUACGGUAUUAUUCUGUUCCACUAUAUGAGAAAAAAACGAUAAGAAGGUAAAAUUAACGCGCGGAAUCGAAUCGAGUGUUGAGAGAAGCAUACGGAAGAACAGACAAACACAAAAGUGGCUGGUGUUGUGGUAGUAGAAUGACUGCGUAGCUAGAAUUUCUCCAUUGUUUGUACAUUUAUUGGAUUUUGUAAGAAACAAAUUUUAUUAAAUCGAAAUUCCCGUUGUACAUAAUUGGAUAAAGCCGUAAUUUAUUGAAGCAAAACAAAAAAAAAACUUAUGCCAAUCUAAAAGCCAGAAACAAAACGAAUCAAAAAUUCUCUAGCAAAAAAAAAAAUGCAAAGCAAGUUCGAUUAUUAGUCACGUCUAUUCUAACAUGAUGGCAAAAGCAGAAAAAUAAAUUCAACUCUGAAUUAUAGA